UGUUUGUCCUCGUAGUGAGUACGAUGGCGUUCUCUUGGGCUUUCCUCUUAUAUGUUCUUCUUGUGAUUCAAGGAUCUCAAGCGUUUUCAAGACAAAAAAGGAUUGUGAAAGGCGUGGAUGCUAAACUUGGAGAAUUUCCUUAUCAGGUUUCAAUACAAAAUGCAGACAGCAAUUAUCAUCACUGCGGUGGAAUAAUUAUAGACCAAUAUCAUGUGCUCACUGCGGGUCAUUGCUUGGAUGGAUUUUUAGCAGAAGAUUUUCAAGUUAUAAGUGGAACAACUGAUUUGAGAAAACCAACUUUCAAGAAUUACGCUGCUGAAAUACACGUACCCAAAACAUAUGACCAACAAGAUUCCUGGAAAGAUGACAUCGCUAUAUUAAAAGUGUCGCAGCCUUUCAUUUUUAAUGAUUUGGUCGGACCUGCUUAUUUACCAAGAAAAAAUGAAGAAGUAAGAGCUUCUACGCCAGCUACAGUGCCAGGCUUCGGAAGAACUUCUGAACACGAUCAGACUUCAAAGGUAUUAAAAAAGACUACAAUAAAUAUUGAAGAUCUAUCAUUCUGCAAUGAACAGUACAAGAAAAGCAAACUGAACUUCAGAGAUACACAAAUAUGCGCAUACAGCUCAGAACAUAAAGGAAUAUGCAAGGGCGAUUCGGGCGGACCUCUAAUUGUCAGCGGUAAAGUCGUUGGAAUUACAAGUUUUACAAAUGCAGGAUGUGCUGAUUCUAGUUAUCCUUCAGUGUUUACAAAAAUCUCAAAAUAUAUUGACUGGAUAAAUUCUUAUGUUCAAAAUUCAUGACAAAUAGCACCUAGUCCGAUCUUAUGUUUUAUAAUUAUUGACGAGAAUUUUAAUUCUAUUUUUUCUGUGACAUUGCCGCAUUACGAUAGUAUACGUUUUUAUAAAACACCUAUGGUUUCUAUUUAAAAAAGAAAAUAUUCUGUACCCAUGACAACCCACCAAAAUCUACAAGUAAUUAUUAAUGUUUUAUUGAAUCAUUUAGUAAGGUACUCUGUACAUUAUUGUCGUACAAUAUAAUUUCUGAAUUUACUUUCUUUAGCUUUAAUAAUUUAUGUAUGAUAUGUGAUAAAAUUUCACACAAACCGAACCAUUCUUAUGCUUGUUUUACUGCGCAAAUUUUAUUAGUAUUUCAUUUUAAAAGAGUGUAAAGUUACUAAAAAAAUUUUAAAAACUUUUACUCCCAUUUUACAAAUGUAUCUGUAUAUUUAUGAUUAAAAACGAUAUCCAAAACUUUAAAAAACCAAAGCACAUAUAUGAAAACAUGCUAUUAAUAUGUAAAAGCUUGAUUUACCCUCUACUUGUUAAGUACUUAUACUCAUUAUACACAAUUUUACCGUGGGCGAAGAUAACAAAUUUAAGAACCUGUUAAAUACAUAAAUAUAUGAUAAUGUACAUUAAAUAAAUUCUAUAUUUUUAAAUUAAAAA